GUUUUCUAAAUAGUGUGUUUUAGAGGCUUAGAGAUUAUGUGUGCUUCUACACUAUGGUGUAUGUGUGUUGUGUUUUUGUGUUUUUUUCUGCUGGCUGUACAAAUAAUUGCCCCUUGGGGACAAUAAAGUAUCCUUGACCUUGACAUAGACCAACUACAUCAAGCAACCUUUAAACCAGAGGUGUCCAAACAGUUCCACGGAGGGACGAGUGUCUGCAGGUCUUUGCUCUCUCCUUGUACUUAAAGCGGUGGAAGAGUGGCACAUAUUGUAUAUGGGAAGUUGCACACAACCAGAAUGGCAAUAUCAAAGAACAAGCUGAGUGUCUUUGUCAUCCUGAUGGCCUGCUAUAUUUUGGAAACACAGGAAUUAAUUGACAUUUCAAGCCUAAUUUCACAGGUAUUCAACACAAAGGAGAACCCGCAUUAUUUGAGAGGAAAAAGAGCAGUACCAGUCAAUCAUUGGACCUACAUUAUUGACAUCGAAGUCAAUGUGUCAGCUAUUGAAACUAUACAACAAAUUAAGACAGCUGUAAAUUCAACAAGUCUUCCGUACGUUAUCAACAACACCACUAAAAUCUCUGAAAUUGACAUCACCACAGUUUGCUCCCUUAAUGGAACUGGAUUCCAGUGCAGAUGUGAGAACCAGUAUCAAUGGUCAUGUGACCAGUGUCUCUCUUAUGGAAGAUGUGAUGACACUACAUCUGACACAUGUGGAUGUAUCAAUGCUAUUCCUUCAGAUGGAAUAUACUGCCAGUCGUUUUUCCAGAAAAACUUUACAGCAUGUCCAACCACUACAGCCUCUCCAACAACAGACCUUACAACAUCUGCCACAACAGAACAGAAUAAUAUUGCUUUCCCAACAAGCCAAGUGAUCACUGUUACCGAUUCAACAGUACCACCAACUCUUUACAUGUACAUGAUUGAAAUUGAGCUGAAUAUCACAGAUGUUGCAGCAAUAAAUACACUGAGAACCAGUUUGGGAAAUGCAAGUUACCCUGUUACAAUGAAUAGCCUGACACAAAUCACUGGUGUUAACAUCUCUACAGUUUGCUCCUUUAGUGGAACUGGAUUCCAGUGCAGAUGUGAGAACCAGUAUCAAUGGUCAUGUGACCAGUGUCUCUCUUAUGGAAGAUGUGAUGACACUACAUCUGACACAUGUGGAUGUAUCAAUGCUAUUCCUUCAGAUGGAAUGUACUGCCAGUCGGUUCUCCAGCAAAACUUUACAGCAUGCCCGACCACUACAGCCUCUCCAACAACAGAUUCAACAGUACCACCAACUCUUUACAUGUACAUGAUUGAAAUUGAGCUGAAUAUCACAGAUGUUGCAGCAAUAAAUACACUGAGAACCAGUUUGGGAAAUGCAAGUUACCCUGUUACAAUGAAUAGCCUGACACAAAUCACUGGUGUUAACAUCUCUACAGUUUGCUCCUUUAGUGGAACUGGAUUCCAGUGCAGAUGUGAGAACCAGUAUCAAUGGUCAUGUGACCAGUGUCUCUCUUAUGGAAGAUGUGAUGACACUACAUCUGACACAUGUGGAUGUAUCAAUGCUAUUCCUUCAGAUGGAAUGUACUGCCAGUCGGUUCUCCAGCAAAACUUUACAGCAUGCCCGACCACUACAGCCUCUCCAACAACAGAUGCUACAACCCUUGAGCCAACAACACAACUGACCACUGUUACCUAUUCAACAGUACCACCAACUCUUUACAUGUACAUGAUUGAAAUUGAGCUGAAAAUCACAGAUGUUGCAGCAAUAAAUACAAUGAGAGCCGGUCUGGGAAAUGCAAGUUACCCUGUUACAAUGAAUAGCCUGACACAAAUCACUGGUGUUAACAUCUCUACCGUUUGCUCCCUUAAUGGAACUGGAUUCCAGUGCAGAUGUGAGAACCAGUAUCAAUGGUCAUGUGACCAGUGUCUCUCUUAUGGAAGAUGUGAUGACACUACAUCUGACACAUGUGGAUGUAUCAAUGCUAUUCCUUCAGAUGGAAUGUUCUGCCAGUCGGUUUUCCAGCAAAACUUUACAGCAUGUCCAACCACUACAGCCUCUCCAACAACAGAUGAUACAACAUUUGAGUCAACAACACAACUGACCACAGUUACAGAUGCAACAACACUUGAACAAACGACACAGUUUACCACAGUUACAAAAAUUACGUUGUUAACCAUAUCCUUCAAACUGAAUGAUAAUUUCACAGCUGACUUAAUGAAUGAAAGUAGUUCCAAAUAUUUAAAGUACAAAAACGAUAUUCAACCAGUUAUCCAGGCACAGUAUCAGAGUAACCUUCCAGGGUUUAUUUCAGCAGCACUGACAGGUUUUGGACCCGGAAGUGUUAUAGUCAACUUUUCAGUUCUGACCACAGGUGCAAAAGAAAAUGAAAUUGAUAACGCCAAUAAUGGACUUGCAACAUCACUUCCAGCUGCUUAUCGUGUUAUUCCCAACUCUUUUGUUGUUGUUUCUAAUGACACAUCAACCACUCCACCAACAAUAACCCCAACAACAACAACCCCAAUGACAACAACAACCCCAAACACAACAACAACCCCAGCAACAACUGCAAAACCACCAGUUGGUGUCUUGCCUGAAAUCAACAACCUACUGACAAGUUCUGUGAAUUUGUCUGAAUCAAAAUUUGAAGAUUUUGUUGUUGAUCUAAGUGGAAACUCAAGCAGUCUACAAAGUAACAUCACUUCAUCACCUAUAAAUAUUGUCAGCAUUGUAAACAUUCUAAGUAACAUUGCAGAAAUUUCAAAGAAUAUCAGCGCAGUUAGCAUGAAGAACAUUCUACAAACAGUGGAUAUCAUAGUAUCUGAUGAUGCAUCAGGAGCCUGGAGAAAUUUAAAUGACAACACUAAUCAAAAUACAAGCUCUAGUUUACUGCGCUCCUUGGAAACCUUUGCGUCAGUUCUUCCAGCAGAGUCCUUUAAUAUGACAACAAAGAAUAUCCAAUUAAAUAUAACCAUGGUCAACACAUCAUUCAACGCAUUCUUGAACUCAAGUGUGCAAAUGAAUAUUAAAGCUAAUUCCACUGGCAACAUAAUCACCACUAUGACCUUCUCCACGCUCCAAAAUGUGUUACCUCCCAGGAAUGCCAGAAAUGACAGUUUGAACGACACCACCAUCAAUGGAAAGGUAGUGCUGGUGAAGUUCACUGGAUGGACUGACAGUGUCUCAUUGACAUUCAGUAAGCUGGAACAUAACCUCACAGUCAAUCCCCAGUGUGUUUUCUGGAAUUUCAGUUUUUUUGACAACCGUGGAGCGUGGGAUAAUGAAGGUUGUUCAUUUAAGUCUGAUAUGAAUGGAAAGGUUUCAUGUUUUUGUAACCACCUGACCUCCUUCUCCAUUUUGAUGUCAACGUCCAUUCCAGAAUCUAUUGCAUACGCCUUGGAUUUAAUCACUUAUAUUGGUGUUGGCAUAUCGAUGGGUAGCUUAGUCGUGUGCCUCAUCAUUGAGGCUUGUGUUUGGAAGGCCAUGACCAGAAACAACACCGCCUAUAUGCGUCACGUCUCCAUAGUGAACAUCGCCGUGUCUCUCCUGAUUGCCGACAUUUGGUUUAUCAUUGGUGCGUCGCUAAUAAAAGCCGAUUUCCAAAACCCAAGUGAAACCACUACAGAUGUACCAGCGUGUACUGCAGCAACAUUUUUCAUUCACUUCUUUUACCUGGCUCUGUUCUUCUGGAUGCUGAUUUCAGGACUUCUUCUUUUCUACCGGACCAUCCUGGUUUUUUCACACUUGUCAAAAUCCACCAUGCUGGCUAUUGGCUUUUCUGUGGGCUACGGCGCACCGUUAAUCAUAGCUGUUGUUACCAUAGCAUCCACAGCUGGAAGUGGUGGUUAUAUAAAUGGAAAUAAAGCCUGUUGGCUCAACUGGAGCAAGACAAAGGCCCUUCUUGCUUUUGUAAUACCGGCACUGGCUAUAGUGUUCAUCAACUUUCUGAUCCUGAUUGUGGUCCUGUACAAAAUGCUGAGGAGAGGUAUGGGAGACUCCUUACAGCAAAAUGACCGAAAUGCUGCAGUGAUCAUCGCCAGGUGUCUGGCUAUUCUCACUCCCUUGUUUGGCCUUACCUGGGGACUGGGAGUAGGAACCAUGUUUAAUCCAACAAAUGAGGGAAUCCAAAUUGUGUUUGCCCUGUUCAAUUCACUACAGGGUUUCUUUAUUUUGAUGUUUGGGACACUUUUGGAUGGCAAGAUACGAGCAGCUUUAGCUGCAACAUUUUACUCCAUUGCCUCAAGCUCUGAUCGUACAAGGAGUACUAGUGCUGAUGCAGCGACAUCAUCGUCAUCCACUAGUGCAUUGGACCUUCUCCGAAGAAGAAUACGAAGGAAGGCCUACAAUGUUUCGGAAGCUGCAAAUUCUUCCAGCAGCAAUGAUGUAACUGAGUCUUUCAUCAAUAUCGAUCUGAAUGCAACCGACAUUUAAGAGGCAGUAGUAUUGGCUCAUGUAUAGAACCAAGUUAAUCUCAUUUAGAACAUUUUAUAAACAUUAAAAAAAAAAUUGCUUUGAAUAUGACUCUGGAAUUGGCAAAGGCAAUACAAUUUAUUAUUUUCUGGAUUGUCUGAGAUACUUUUUUUGUGCUUAGGACAGAGUCAAGCAACUGCUCUGCAUGAUUAUCUUGAACAAAACAUAGCACUUUAAAUAAUGUAUGUGAUUGAAGGCCAUCAUAUUCAAAAUCUAAAGCAAUAUCCACAUUUAUUAAAUCUGUUAUA